CGGGCAUCUCCGUCAGUGCGCUGGAUAUUUGGCUGCGGCGUUUGAAGGGAGAGCGGCUGUUGAUCAGAGAGCGGAGAGAAAGCGCUCAAACAGCGGCUCUGAAACACUCCGGCCGGCUUAACCGCGGACUUUACAGCGAGGUCAAUAGCAGACUAGAGAUGCUGAAAAAGAAGAUUGAAUGGUGCUGGACAGUCCCUCUGUUUCUGCUGUCGGCUGUAGCCCAGGUCACUGUGUUGGCCAGCCCUGAAGUAAACGACAGCCAACAGCAGACCCCUCAGAAUGUGUACCACGACAUUGGCUUCACCAGGAACAAGAUAGUGACUGCACAGUUUGAAUGCUAUCAGAAGAUUAUGAAGGACAAUAACAAUGUGGGAAAAGUUGGACCAAUGUGCAACAGGACAUGGGAUGGCUGGCUGUGUUGGGAUGACACGGAUGCUGGGUUCACCACUCAGCAGCACUGUCCAGACUACUUCCACGACUUUGACCCUUCAGAGAUGGUCACUAAGAUCUGCAUGGAGAAUGGCCAGUGGUUUUUGCAUCCUGAGAGCAACCGGACAUGGACGAAUUACACCAGAUGUAACGAGCGCACUAAUGAAGGCAGAAUGACUGCAAUGAACCAGCUCUACUUGGCCUUAAUAGGACACGGACUGUCCCUGAUCUCCUUGUUUAUUUCACUCGGGAUAUUCUUCCAUUUUAAGAGUCUGAGCUGCCAGAGGAUAACCCUGCACAAAAACCUUUUUUUCUCUUUCGUCUUGAACUCCAUUAUCACCAUCAUCUGGUUGACGGCCGUGGCAAACAACCAGGAGUUAGUGCAGCGGAAUCCAACCAGCUGUAAAGUUUCGCAGUUCAUCCAUCUGUAUCUGUUUGGAUGCAACUAUUUCUGGAUGCUGUGUGAGGGGAUCUACUUGCAUACCCUCAUCGUUGUGGCUGUGUUUGCAGAGAAGCAGCAUUUAAUGUGGUACUAUCUUCUGGGAUGGGGUUUCCCACUGAUACCAGCUACAAUACACGCCAUAGCCAGAAGCUAUUACUACAACGACAACUGCUGGAUCAGUUCAAACACGUCUUUGCUGUACAUUAUUCACGGCCCUAUCUGCGCGGCUUUGGUGGUGAAUCUGUUUUUCCUGCUGAACAUCGUGCGUGUCCUCAUCACCAAGCUCAAAGUGACCCAUCAGGCUGAGUCCAGUCUGUACAUGAAGGCUGUGCGUGCCACCCUCAUUCUGGUCCCCCUCCUGGGAAUCCAAUACGUUCUCCUGCCGUAUAAACCCGGAGGACGCAUUACCUCUGAGAUAUAUGAUUACGUCAUGAACAUCUUAAUGCAUUAUCAGGGGCUGCUGGUGGCCACUAUCUUCUGCUUUUUCAACGGAGAGGUGCAGGGUGUGUUGAGGAGGCACUGGAACCAGUACCGCCUCCAGUUUGGCAGCGCACUCUCCCAUUCAGAGGCGCUGAGAUCCGCCUCCUACACGGCCUCCUCCAUCACAGAAGUGCAGGGCUGCUACAGCAUCGACAGCCACAGCGAACACUUAAACGGCAAAAGCUACCACGAGGCCGACAACGCCGCCUGCAAAUCAGAGAGCUCCUUCACCUGAACAUGGCCACACCGUUACCAUGGCGAGUGUCACAUGACUAGACUUCAACGUUUACUAGGCACUCUGGAGGAAGAAAGGAGAGAAAAGUGUUCCUUUGUUAUCACACUGAAAACUACCUUAUUACCUUACACAGCGGACGCCAGUAAGUGGACACAGUGCCCCCCUACUCACCCCACGGCCCUCAACAGGUAAAAAAACAGAACAAAAAAAAAAAAACGUGCUCUUCAUUUGGACUCUGUACAGUAUUUGAAGUCGCCUGGCUGCUUUUUAAAGACAUUCAAGGCACACAUUUUAAUCGUUUAUAACUUGGUAAUGGGCAUCAAGAAAUUAUGAUAAUAUGACUCGAUAUUUGCCAGGUCGGAAUAUCGGUGAUUGUGAUAAUUGUGAAUUUUUACUGCCAACAGUAUGCUAUGCUGACAUGCGCUGUACACAACGAUGCAAAAUGUUCCGUUUUUAUUGAAUCUGUUGUACAGAAAAAAUGUCAUGUUGUGUUCAGAGUUCAGCAUAGUACUGUAAAUUACAUUAUUGUCUUCUAUGAGUUAUUUUACAGUGUACAUAUGUCAGAUCUGUGGUACUUUUUAGUCAAAACAGUCAAAGAUAACAAUUCAACUCAAAUCUCAAUAACAGUGAAUGAUGCUAACAUCUUUAACAUGAUGUGUCCUAGCAUUUCAGAAUGUGUUCAGUUGAAGCAUCCACACCAAACAUACACCUAUAGCUGAGUUGUACAUAUAAGCAUAUAAAAUUGAGUGUUGAUCUUAAUGGAAGUCACAAUAUUGUUGUUUUUGACAACGAAGAUACAGGAAGUGUACAGAAUAAUGGAAACAUCAUAUAAAAUACUUAAUGGCUAUUUUAUCAGAGACACUUGCCAUAUAGGUGCAAUAUACAGGUUUACAGUUACUGACUGUAGGCCAUCUGUUGGUAUUAACGACCCUCUACCCCAUUCUUCAUUGGAAAAGGACCACCAUAGGACCACCACUGAGCAGGUGUAAUUCAGUUGGUGGGUCUGCAGUGGUCCUGUGGUCAGAAACUGAAGGAAACUGAUGAAGGACUAGAGGAUGACUAACAAUCUGUGCCUGGAAAAAGUAGAUGAGUCAGUGCUGUUGUGGUCGAGUCUGGUCUUGGACUUGAGUCCAUGUUGUCAACUGUCUGGGACUUGCCUUGUAAGUAGUAAUUGUAAUCAGUCUCGUCUUGGUCUUGGCAACUGGUCUCACCAAAUUUAGUCUCUGGUCUCGACCAAAAACAGCCGUACUGCCCCACAGAUUUCUAACUGCUCACAAAAACAGCAGUGAAAAUAUUACAAAAUGUAAUUCGUCUGGUACUCUUUUGAUGUAGGAUGAACACAGAGUUGCAUCCUUGUUUUUUAAAUGAAAUAAAAACGACAGUCAAAGCUCUCCUUUAAUCAUCCCACGUUUUUGGUGGCCGUCUACCACCAGUUUUGAUUGACGCCAGUGUGACGAUGCAACAGAAUUCAGACGCUCGCGGAUGAAAAAUGUAAACAGGGCUUUAUUCACGUUGGACAAAGGCGUGGUCAAAAAACAUGCGUGGGUCGUAACCAGAAAGCAGCAAAAUAUCACCGAAGUGAUCAUAACCAAAAGCAAACAAAACCAAGGGAGUGAUCAGAUAUCGUCAUCAAAAACCAGGCCAGAAAGUCAAAACACAGAUCCAAAAACAGUCAGCAAAGGUACAAGAAGGGACAGGCAAAAAUCAAGGUCAGUUAAACAUAUCAUAGAUCAUAGAAACGGUCAGCAAGUUCAAAUAGAAACAAUACCUCGCAACGACUAAGACUAAAGCCUGGGCUUAUAAACUAUCCUAGAUGAGUCAUAUGACAACAAACACAGGUGCAUGUAUUUAGUACUCAGGUGAUUGUGAGCACUGAUAGGUGCGUGCACGACCAUCCAAAGUCAUAUGAUCUCCCGAGGGAUUGUGGGCAAUGGAGUCCGUUCUGGACUCUGCGCCCGAGGGACGUUGCUCAGUCACAUGAUCUCCUAAUGCAUUGUGGGAAAUGUAGUCUGAGUCCGCCUGAGGCGUGACAGCCAGUUUUUGAGAUUUUUUUCUAUUUCAAUUAAAUACAAUCAAAGAUAUACUUAUUAGUUUUUCUUUUUUCUCUGACUCACUGACUCUCACUCAAGCAGCCCAACACCAAAUUAGUGCAUCUAUUUGUGUUUGAUUUAGCUGAUUAGCAUUGGCACUGGUUGGAUUAAUUCCAAGCAGGCACUGAAUGGCAGGAAACUCAGGGAGCUGAUGCACGAUCAUCCUCUCAAAAACUGAGACAACAUCCCUAAAAUCGGACUAAAUUUAGAAAAGGACCAUUAGAGCCGUAUUCUAAACCGUCAGUCUAUACCACAGUUAUGUUUGUGAGUGGAGAUCAUUUAUUAUGAUUUGCAUUUGCUGAAGGAUUGUAGUUCAUUACAUUUCUGUUUAUUUAAGUAUACAAUUACAUAGUUCAAAUUAAGUAAUAUUGGACUGGAAGACUCUUGACUCGAUCUUAACUAGUCACAGUCUUGGGUUUAUCUUGGACUUGACAAGGACGGUCUUGGCUCCUCUCCCAGUGUCCACAAAACUCCAGCAACACUGCUACUGUCAUACCAUGAGUGUGUCAGGCACGCCACUACCAUGUCAGCGUCACCACUCAAAUAAUAUCUGGUCAACAGUGUUGCUAUGGAGGUCUUUUCCUGUUCAAGGAUGGGGUACAGUGGGGGUGAUAGUGUGCAGCAAUAGAUGGGCUACACUCGGUAACUGUAAACUGACAAAGUGCACCUACAGGGUAGCUGUAUCUGACAAAAUGGCCAAUGAGCGUAAGUAUUUUCUAUUAUUUU